AAAAAACAACCUCUAGAAAUCUCAAUUUUCGUCAAGAAAAUGUUUAAAAACGAAAACAUGGACUCUUUGAAAACUGAUCGUUCACCAACUUUUAUAUACUUAAUGAAACAUUUUUCAUCAACUUGGCUUUGAAAUUUUGUCUUUCCACUUCACUAAGUUUGCUUAUUAAUUAACGUAAGAUCCCCAGUCUCUUAUUUUGUUCAUUGAUCUUUCACAACUUGGAGACAACAACGAAACGAAAUUAUGAACGAUUCAAAUACUAUGGCGGAGAGUAACAAUCAAUCGCAACCAGAUUUAAGUGUAACACUAGAUAUCUCAGGGACAAACACUUUGUUGCCCGGUCAUAUCCCCCCAGAUCAGCGGGAUCUUUCGUAUUUUUCUGCUGAACGGAGAAGUGAAUAUCUCAAUAUAUGUGUUCCUCUGUAUCAAGCUGCUAUGAAUGGUGACUGGAAAGUGGCUCGUCCCAUUAUCGAUCAGCACGAAGGUAUUGCCCGAGCAGCGAUAACCCGUAACUGGGAGACGACUCUUCACAUUGCUGUUGCUGCAAAACACACCAGGUUCGUAAAGAAUUUACUUACAAGAAUGGAGAGAGAUGAUUUGGCACUGAAAAAUCAGAGUAACAACACGGCUCUUUGUUUCGCUGCUGCUUCUGGGAUUAAAGAAAUAGCAAAAAUGAUGGUAGAUAUGAACCCGGAUCUUCCGCAAGUCGGAUCCGGCCCAUAG